UGAGAAUUUGGAAGGAACUGGGGAAGCCGAUUUAUGUGAUGACUUUGUGAUGAGCGCAAGAGACAUGAGAAUUUUAGAAGAUGCUCGAGAUGUUUCUCAAAAAGAUGAAGGUGGUAAUGAGAAUAACAGAGAAACGCCAUCUAUCAAACGGGCUGUCGGAAAGAGGGAGAGGAAGGAUGGACCCUCUGUUACUUCACCUUAUAUGCCUCUAGAUCAACCAAAGGAAGGCACAAAGAAGAGACGUGUCAUCCAGAUAUUGGAUAGUCCUGAGGGGAAAAAAAGUGCAAAAAUCAAGAAGGCUUCAUACCUACAUCUAGAGACUAUCCAGGUAAGGCACUGGCGUUUGAUUAUGAGAACAAAUUAAUUGAAGACUUUCUACAAUCGAGAAUGAACAGUGAUACGUACAUUUGGAAGUGUGCCGAAGCAAGCGUAUCUCGCUUAGAUGCUUAUAUACUAUUAACGGGAGGUGAACUCAGUGACGAUGUGAUCGAUGCAUUUGUUAUUCGGCUUUGUAACAAGAUUGAAACAACUAAUAGUUAUGAUCGAAAGAUACAUGUCACAAGACCUUGGCUUGCACAAGCAUUUCUAGAAGGAAAUCUUAAAAUGGUGGCAAAACGAAUGAAUGAAAAUGUUUCUCAGCAGAAGUUCUUGGAAGGUGAAAGGAUUCUGAUCCCGAUUGUCAGCUCCGGACAUUGGCACCUGGUAGAGUUAGUGAGAGAGGAGACAAAAUUCUAUCACUACUCCUCAAUCAACUCCCCCAUUUAUACCGCCGAUGCUGUGAAAUUUAUAAAUAAGUUUAUGAGUUUCAUUGAGAGUAAUUGGGGAUUGGGGAAAUUAGAGCAUCAUGGUCUUGUGUCAGUUGCCGUGCCACAACAAGGACCGUAA